AUGGAGUUCGGUACUUCAGGCAUGCUGAAUGAAGAUGGCAUUCACGUCGAUAUGGAUCGCUUGAAGAAGGGCGAAGUCAAUCUAGGUACUUCGAUCAUGGCAAUCAACUUCAAGGAUGGUGUUAUUUUGGGCGCAGACAGCAGAACCACGACUGGAGCAUACAUUGCCAACCGAGUGACCGACAAGCUUACCCAAGUUCACGAUACCAUCUGGUGCUGUAGAUCAGGAUCUGCUGCAGAUACUCAAGCAGUCGCGGACAUCGUUCACUAUCAGUUGGGAAUGUACGACAUCCAGAAUGGCAGACGACCAACAACCCAAACUGCUGCUGCCAUGUUUCAGGAGUUGUGCUACGAGAAUAAGGAUAGAUUGAGUGCUGGCUUGAUUAUUGCAGGUUGGGACGAGCGACACGGAGGACAAGUAUACUCGAUACCUCUUGGAGGAUCACUACACAAGCAAUCAUAUGCCAUCGGUGGAUCGGGAUCAACCUAUAUCUACGGAUACUGCGACGCCAACUGGAAGGAGGGAAUGAACGAAGAAGAGGCUGUCAAUUUCGUCAAGGGCGCACUGCAAGAGGCGAUCAAAUGGGAUGGAAGCUCUGGCGGUGUUAUCAGAAUGGUGGUCUUGACCAAGAAGGGCGCGAACAGGCAUUUGUAUCUGCCAGAUACGAAUUACACCGUGCGUCACCAAUAG